UGCGUGCCAGCGGCGCAGGGGGCGGGCUUGCGGCGUCGGAGAAGGAAGUGGUGCAGUUGCUCCCUCUGCGCUUACUACUGGCUCCUGAGGCGCGGAGAGGGUCUCGUGUCGCCGCUGCAGCGUAGCACUUUCCUCAGACUGUACCCCUCCAUGUGCCCGGCCGCCGUUUACCCCGGGGUCUAUGGAAGUAAUGGAAGGACCCCUCAACCUGCAGAUGGUGGCAGUUCUGAAAAAAGGCAAGCUAAACUGGAAACUUGAAGAAGAAAAAAAGAUGCAGCAGAGCUGUGUGUGGAAGAAAUUGAUCCUUAAACUUAAAAUCGAAAACUGGACUUCUCUAACACUUGAGCAGGCUCAUCAACAGAGCAGACGAGCAGAUCGCUUAUUAGCUGCAGGGAAAUACGAAGAGGCUAUUUCUUGUCACAAAAAGGCUUCAGCAUAUCUUUCUGAAGCCAUGAAGCUGACACAAUCUGAUCAGGCUCAUUUAUCACUGGAACUGCAAAGGGAUAGUCACAUGAAACAGCUCCUCCUCAUCCAAGAGAGGUGGAAGAGGGCAAAGCGGGAGGAAAGAUUGAAAGGCCAACAGAGCACAGACAAGGAUGUGGCUGCCCAUCUUCAGGCAUCUCACAAACCCUCUGCUGAAGAUGCAGAGGGCCAGAGUCCCCUUCUCUCUCAGACAUACAGCCCUUCCCCAGAGAAACACCUGCCUGAAAUUAAGGGAGUCUUUGACAGAGAUCCAGACACACUACUAUUUUUACUUCAGCAGAGGAGUGAGCCAGUAGAGCCAUUCAUUGGAAGCAAAGCCCCAAAAGACGAUAAAACAAUUAUAGAGGAGCAGGCAACCAAAAUUGCAGAUUUGAAGAGGCAUGUGGAAUUCCUUGUAGCUGAGAAUGAAAAAUUAAGGAAAGAAAAUAAACAACUAAGGGCUGAAAAGGCCAGACUUCUAAAAGGCCCAAUAGAAAAGGAGCUGGAUGUAGAUGCUGAUUUUGUAGAAAAGUCGGAGUUAUGGAGCUUGCCACCACAUUCAGAAAGUGAUGCAGCCUCUUCAACCUGGCAGAAGUUUGCAGCAAGUACUGGGAAAGCCAAGGAUAUUCCAAUCCCCAAUCUUCCGCCCUUGGAUUUUCCAUCUCCAGAACUUCCCCUUAUGGAGCUUUCUGAGGAUAUUCUUAAAGGACUUAUGAAUAAUUGAAUUGGAAGGCCAUUGAAGAGGAAACAAUACAAUAAUAUGGUUAAUCCAGCAAAAAAAAAAAGGGAAACCACGUGCAAAGGUAGUCCCGGAGAUGCUCCAUCAUUUGGCAUGUACUGCAGGGGGAAGAGGAAGCACGCCAGAACUUGGGAAACACUCACUGUGAAAUAUGUCACAUAUCUGAUUUAUUGACUUGAGCUUAUGAUUCCACACUUGGCAGACACUGAACUUCCGGAGGUUCACUUUCUCCUGAUACAAACCAAAUGACUACCUGGAAUGAUUUUUCAAGAAACAAUUAUUUUUCUUAUCUUCAGGGUUAAAAUGUAUAAAAGUAUGUUAUGUGUAAUUAAUCUAUAAUGCCAUAAAUGAUAAUGCAAAACCUAAAUAAUAUGGUGGCCCGAUGGGCUGCCUUGUAUUUGAAACAUGCUUUCUAUCAUGCAUUUUGUUAAGCACAUUUCAUCUGUGUGAUGAGGUGUGUAAGACACACCUUUCUAGAUGAAGUUCUGUGUGCUACACUUUGCACUACUCAUGACAUGACAAUAACCUCAAGACUAUCAGGAGAAAUAUUUAAAUUUCCAUUUUAUGAAGAAAGGAACCAAAUUAUUAGUUAUGCUUUUUAAAAAGAUUACCAGUUUACAUAAUUAAUCAGGGUGCAUUUUAAGUUCUAACUCUUUUUGUUUAUUGUAUAAUGCAUCAUUUGAAAAUACCAAGGAAGUAACCUUUUAUUUUUAAUGAUGCAUGAGUGGAAGUACUUGUUAGCUGGCAGUAUUUGAUUAUAAGAAAUGAAUAAAGUAAUUGUGUUUUAUACCUUUGUUGAAUGUGGUUGGUAGUUAUAACGCAAAUUUUCUAUGGCUUCUAUGUUGUAAAUUUUGAACAAUAAUUUUGAGGAGAUUCUGUCGAAUGAUUACUCUGGUAUGUUAAAGAUUUUCUUCAGUGUUUUGUAGUCAGUUUCCCCUACUAGAGUGAAAAAACAAGGAAGUUCCUGAGGUUUAAAUGUGUUCCCAACCUUUUUCUUGCUCUACACACAUGGCAAAUACUCAGGCUGGAUUCUGCUGUCCCUCGCGCACCUGCUCCCCAAUCAGAGCUUAGUGCUUGCAAAGUACCACACAGGCAUUCUCUCUGCAGAGUCCAGUAAUGUGCCGGGAGCGGGAAGAAGAGGGCAAGGAUAUAAGUGGAACAUCUGGGUACAAGCCACUGGGUGUGUUUAAAGCAUAUACUUAGUUUAUUGUGUGGAGUUACAGGAGUGACAGGCAGAUGAAGAGUGCAUGCCUCUCCUGAGCGAAUUGGACUGCUGUGUUGAAAGGGUAGUAUUGGGCUCAUAUGUCUAGUGAUGACUAGGAGAAGUAGGAUGAGAUAAAGGGACCAUCCAGAUGUCACAUUUUUUUUCCUGUCUCAUCUUGCUGAGAUGAAACCAGAAUAAACUAGCUUCUUAAAAUAUCUUAAAGA